GUGAACCAAGAGUGAAGUGUGUGUCGUUGAGUCAAUAGGCAGAUGUUCACCCGUGGUGCUGAAGGGAUAGCUCAUCACCACCAGCAUCACUCCUCACAGUCUGGCGCAAUGAAACAGUCCGGUGCUCCCUCAUCACAAUCACUCCUCAAAGUUUGCUGCUCGUUUUAUUCGCUCCGAUCAUGAAGAGGCAAAACAUCAGGACCCUCGUGUUGAUCAUAUGCACUUUCACCUAUCUGCUCGUCGGGGCGGCCGUCUUUGACGCUCUCGAGUCGAAGAUGGAGAUCGCCCAGAAGAAGACCCUGGACGAUCGGAAACAAGAGCUGAUGGACAAAUACAACUUGAGCAAAGUCAAUUUCGAGGAGCUGGAGAGGGUCGUGCUGCAACUGAAGCCGCACAAGGCUGGAGUCCAGUGGAGAUUCGCGGGCUCCUUUUAUUUCGCCAUCACUGUCAUAACCACCAUAGGAUAUGGCCAUGCGGCCCCUAGUACCGAUGGAGGCAAGGUGUUCUGCAUGUUCUACGCCCUCCUAGGGAUCCCUCUCACCCUGGUGAUGUUUCAGAGCCUGGGCGAACGCAUCAACACCUUCGUAAAGUACCUGCUGCACCGUCUAAAAAAGUUUCUCGGCCUUCGGCACACCGAGGUCUCCAUGGCCAACAUGGUGUGCAUCGGCCUGAUCUCCUGCAUGAGCACGCUGUGCGUGGGAGCGACGGCUUUCUCACGCUACGAAGACUGGAGCUUCUUUCACGCGUACUAUUACUGCUUCAUAACGCUCACCACCAUAGGUUUCGGGGACUAUGUGGCCCUGCAGAAGGACAAUGCUCUGCAGACCAACCCCCAGUACGUAGCCUUCAGCUUCAUGUACAUCCUGACCGGCCUUACGGUCAUAGGCGCCUUCCUGAACCUCGUGGUGCUCCGCUUCAUGACCAUGAACGCUGAAGAUGAGAGGCGUGAUGCAGAGCAGCGCACGCUGCUGUACCGCGGCAAUAAGGCUGGCGGCGCAGGAAGCAACCACUGCAUGGCCGACCCACCGUCCUCUUCUGCGGGUCACGGAGGAGGGUCGGGGAAAGGGUUGUGUAACGUCUACGCAGAAGUGCUGCAUUUUCAAUCCAUGUGCUCGUGUCUUUGGUACAAAAGUCAGGAGAAGAUGCGCUAUUCCAUUCCCAUGAUCAUCUCUCACGAUCUAUCCACGUCGGACACCUACAUGGAGCACAGCGAGACCUCGGACGUCCUGCACUCCAACGGCUGCGUUUGCAGUGCCUUGCAGGAGCACUCCGCAGCUAGUUCGGUGUACGCCGGCCUGCUCAGCCCGGCGCAUUACCAAAGACUCUCCAAACGUCGCAGCUCCAUCUAGCCCCCCGGAGGACGUAUUGCAUGUGAAACUCUUUCGCCUUACGAAACCAACCGCUGUUAUAUUUGGGGUUGAAAUACUGCUGCUUCCGAGGUUUGGUUCCUCUUUCAGUCAAAUAUAUCUGAUGUAGUUAUGUACUGGGGAAGGCGGUAUGUAAGCAGGUGCUUCUUGUGGAGGAGAGAUGAGGAGCAGUGUGCAAUAAAAACACACCAAAAACCUGUAUUUUGUAAAGUAUGCAUUGAGGUUUUGGGGAAAACACGAACUCUCUUUUAAAAGCAAAUGGAGACUCAGAGAUCCAAAUCUUGUCUGGUUUUGAUUUGGAUAGAUAGAUUACUCCAUCACCCUGUCACGGGUGAGUACUGUCUCUAUGCUGUGAUGUCACAGCAUCAUUAGUAAGAAUUUGCGGAGAAACUAUUUUAAGUUAUAAAAUAUGAAUACUUUGUAUAGUAAUAGUAAUAAUAUAAAAUAGUCAUAAACAAGAAUAAUACUAACAUAUUUUGUGUUUACUUACUCACGUUCACCAUGGAAAUUUAAUCUAUUAUUCAAAUUUAUUUUUUCUCGAUGGAAUUUCAUUUCUGCCACAUAAGAAAAAAAAUCAUGCUUUGGUAAAUCAUAAUUAUGAUAUAAAUCGAAAUUAUGACUUUUAAUCUCAUAAUUAUGAUUUAUCAGAUAAUUUUUUUUCUUAUGUGGCGGAAAUAGGCUUCCAUAUUCCUCUCUUUAAUCAACACAUUGUUUUUUUCUCUGUUGGAAUUCAAACUAUUGUUUGCGUUGUUUUCAAAAUCUUUUAUUAUUGUAACAUUUUAGUUUUAGUGGCCUGAUUUCAGGCUCAUUUUUAAACAGUAGAAGAUUAUACUGUACUUGCACUUUAGGUCAAACUGUUAGUUUCAGGGCUGUAACCAGGAGCGCACAGAUAACCUCUUCCAGUGAAUAUGAAAUCAAAAUAGACUUUAAUUUCUAAAUACACAACAUGUGCAUGAUUCAUUACUGCACGUCAUUCCAAGGAAGAAUAAACAUUUGUAAUCUACCAUCAAAAUACAAUUAUUGCUUCACCUCUGGAACAACAGUCCUUGUGAACUGAUGUCACUGAACCACACAGGCUAUUGGUUAAUGUUAACCAAUAUUCAGACAGCUAUUUAAUCAUUGUAGGUCAUUGUUGUAACCGUCCAAUAAUGUUGGUUAGAGUUAACGUCAUAAAGGUCACAGCAAUAAUAUCAAACAACGGCUGGGAUGUGGUCAACUCUCCACAUCUCCAUGGCUGCAUCUGAAACCUCAUACUUUUCUAGUAUAUAGUAGGCGGGAAACAGAAUGUGACGAAAGAAGUAUGUCCAAUUUCACAUAAAAGAACCUGGAUGACCUACUUCUUCCAGUUGGAUUCUGAAGUGUCAAUGGACUCUUUACUAUCCCAUGAUAGUGGAUUUGUGAACGGAGAUGACAAGACACAACUUAUGCUGGAUGCUAUUCACAUGACAACGACAACAUGGCGAAUGUAGUUCGACUGGAUUUCCUUCAUACUACUGUAUAUAAAACAUACUUUUUUGAGCUUGUUAAGUAUUUACUUAGUCAAAAUAAGUCAAGAGAGUAUGUGAUUUUGGACACAGUUCAUGUGUAUCUCUGUUAAAGGGAUAGUUCUCCCAAUAAUAAAAAAUCCUGUCAUUAUUUUCUCACCCUUAUCUUUUUUAACCUUGUAUAAAUUGAUUUGUUCUGCUGAACAACAUGAGGGUAAGUAAAUGAUUACAGAAUUUUUAUUUUUGAGUGAAGUAUUCUUUUAAAACACCGUCAGAAAAAAGUACAAAACUGUAAAUUUUUUGUCACUGGGGUGGUACCCUCAAAGGUUCAUUUUUGUUCCUUUAUAGGUAUACAACACAUUGAAAUGUUGUACCUUUUUGUGGUAUAUAAAGGUACAGUAAUGUACCCAAAAAGGUACAACAUUGUAUUAUUUUUAGUAUACUUGUAAAGGUACAAAACUGAAGCUUAGGGUACCACCCCCAGCGACAGAACAGGUACGGUUUGUUCCUUUUUCCUGACAGUUUGUUUAUGGGUGCCUUCAGUGCUUCAGUAGAGAAAUCUGGCUACAUUAUGGUAUGGAAACUCACUUUUUACCAGCCAGUCAAUAACCAGUGAAUAGAAGUAUAGAAAUAAUGUUGCAAAUAUAGACUUUACUGUAAUUGAAAUGCAAUAGUGAUAUAGAUUUUUUUCUCAAGUACACAAAAUUUGUAACCUUGUAUAAUUAUUGCAGAUUUGAAGAUGUUGAUAUCUGAAGUUUGACUAAAAUUGAACAAGUUUUAAAUUUACUAAUUUAAUGUAUCGGGGCCAAUUUAUGCUACUCCAUCAUUCCAGUUUUUCAAUAUUUUACUAUGUUCUUACUAGAGCCCAACCGAUAAAGGAUUUUGAAGGCCGAUACAAAUGUUUGUUGGUUUUAAAAUCCGAUAUUUCGAUAUAUCGGCCGAUAUUUUUCAGAAACGCGCAACAAAACAUUGACAGAUUUCCCUAACAUUAGUUAUUUGUAGUUAUUUAUGAGUUUUAACUAAAAUAAUAUGAUAAUGCAUUUUUAAAAGAAACUUGUUUCUUUUAUUGUCUCGUGACCAACUCACCAUGAACUCACUUAACCGUUGUUCUUUCUGCCCGACUCUGGCUGGAUCAGCAGGUUGCAGGAUAUGUGACGCGUUAUACACGAGUGUUGCCAACAGGGAGGUUGUAGAGUGCCCUCUGGUGGACAAACUAUACAACAGCAACACUCAUGACAUGGUUGAAAGCUGUUUCGUCCAUUUUUUAAUACUCAUUUAUCGGCCAUUAUGAAUGCCGAUAACGAUAGUUUGGAAAAUACCUAAUAUCGGCCGAUAUUAUCGGCCUGCCGAUAUAUCGGUCGGGCUCUAGUUCUUACCUCAACUUAGAUGAAUUAAUACAUACCUAUCUUUUUUCAAUGCAUGCACUUUUAAUCUUUGUAUAGCGUGUCGUGAAUGUGUUAGCAUUUAGCCUAGCCCCAUUCAUUCCUUAGGAUCGAAACAGGAAUGAAUUUAGAAGCAACCAAACACUUCCAUGUUUUCCCUAUUUAAAGACUUUUACAUGAGUAGUUAUGGUGGCACAAAAUGAAACUUUUGUUUGGAGCCAUAGGAAUGAAUGGGGCUAGGCUUAAAGGGAUACUCCAUCGUUUUGUCAUAUUAAACUAUGUUAUUACCUUAACUAAGAAGAGUUGACACAUACCUCUAUCAUCUUAGUGCGUGCACUGAAGCGCCGUGGCGAGCGGCGACACUUUGAUAGCACUUAGCUUAGCCCAGUUCAUUCAAUGGUACCAAACAGAGAUGAAGUUAGAAAUGACCAAACACAUCAACGUUUCCCUAUUUAAAACGAGUAGUUAUAUGACCAAAUAUGCUGGCACAAAAUAAAACGUGGCGCUUUUGUAAGCGGGUUAAAAAGGGUAACUAUAAUGUAUGGGGGAAUAGCACUUUUGGGAGUACUUCGACUCGGCACAGUUAAUGCUAACACAUUCACGAUGCCCUAUACAAAGAUUAAAAGUGCACGCAUUGAAAAAAAGAUAGGUAUGUAUUAAUUCAUCUAAAUUGAGGUAAGAACAUAGUAAAAUAUUGAAAAACAGUGGUAUUUUCUUUUAAGGGCCACAUUAAAAUCAAAUGUUGCACUUAAAUUCUUAAGUAUGAAUAAUUUAUUUCAACUUUAUUUUAUAAGUUACAACUACUCAUCACAACUAAAGAUAAAAAAUUAAAUGACUUGUAAAUCCAAGUUGAUUAUACAUAAAAAUUUCAGUGCAAUUUUUUUUACGGGAAACAAAAUUUCCGUAAAUGCUAAUUCAUAAAUAUCACUGUUUUUAAAAACUGGAUGACGUUAUAUGCAAGGUAGAUUUUGUUGAACUCUGAUAUUGUUGAAUUGUAUUACAACUUUUCAUGCACUUGCCAUUUUAAUCUAACUACAUAAGUGAAAAGUCUGCUUACUCUUCAAAGACAUUGAAAUGUCUAAAUAUUUCCUAAUAUCUAUAUUCAUGUCCUGUCAAGGAUAUGAUCAAGAUAUCCAAAGUGAUAUUUGGCGACGCAAAAUGAAUGAAAUAAAAUGUGCAUAUACUGUAG